AUGUUCCGCGCCGCUGCUCUCCUCGCUUUCUCCUUCCUAGCCGUCUCGUACGGCCAACAAGUCGGCACGCUCACAGCUGAGACACACCCCACGCUCAGCAUACAGCAAUGCACUGGAGCGGGCAGCUGCCAGACCCAGUCUCGCGCAGUUGUGCUCGACUCGAACUGGCGCUGGCUGCACACCACGUCCGGCAGCACCAACUGCUACACCGGCAACGAGUGGGACGCCUCCCUCUGCCCUGACCCCGCCACCUGUGCGUCCAACUGCGCGCUCGACGGUGCGGAUUACUCCGGCACGUACGGUAUCACCACCUCCGGCAACGCGCUCACGCUCAAGUUCGUGACCAAUGGCCCGUACUCGACCAACAUCGGCUCGCGUGUCUACUUGAUGGAGUCUGAGAGCGCGUACCAGAUGUUCAACUUGAAGAACCAGGAGUUCACGUUCGAUAUCGACAUGUCGCAACUUCCAUGCGGUCUCAACGGUGCUCUGUACUUCUCCCAGAUGGAGGCUGACGGAGGCAUGUCCAAGUUCUCCACUAACGCCGCUGGCGCAAAAUAUGGAACUGGAUACUGUGACUCUCAGUGCCCCCACGACAUCAAGUUCAUCAACGGAGAGGCAAACGUCGCAGGAUGGGAACCUUCCCCCAACGACCAGAACGCCGGAAAGGGACAGUACGGCUCAUGCUGCGCUGAGAUGGAUAUUUGGGAGGCUAACUCCAUGGCUGCCGCGUUUACCCCCCACCCGUGCACUGUCAAAGAGCCCACCCGCUGCGAAGGCAAUGACUGUGGUGAUGACGAUAACAGAUAUGGUGGCGUGUGCGACAAGGAUGGAUGUGACUUCAACUCCUUCCGCAUGGGCGACCAGACCUUCUUAGGCCCCGGUAAGACUGUCGACACCAACUCGAAGUUCACAGUCGUCACUCAGUUCGUUACCGCCGACAACUCCACGAGUGGUGCUUUAACUGAAAUCCGCCGCCUCUAUGUCCAAAAUGGCCAAGUCAUUCAGAACUCGAAGGUCAACAUCCCAGGCAUGGACGCAUCCUUGGACUCCAUCACCGAGGACUUCUGCACUUCGCAGAAGACGGUCUUUGGUGACACCAACUCUUUCCAGGACAAGGGCGGGCUUGCCGCUAUGGGUGAUGCCUUCCAGGCUGGCAUGGUUUUGGUCAUGAGUAUCUGGGACGACCAUGAGGCUAAGAUGCUCUGGCUCGACAGCAACUACCCCCUCGACAAGGACGCAUCCGAGCCUGGUGUUGCACGAGGAACUUGUGCCACCACCUCUGGUGAACCCACCGACGUCGAAUCUCAGAGCCCCAAUGCACAAGUCACCUUCUCCAACAUCAAGUUCGGGCCCAUUGGGUCUACUUUCUAA